GCCGCGGGCCGUAGAUUUCCCAGCACAGGGACCAACGAGCUUCAGCGCACGCUCUGCCCCACGCCUCCACAGUUUGAACCUUCAUCACGAUUACUGUGAAAUUCUAGCUUCAUACAUCAAAUACGUCACAAACACCUGCUGCAGGUGAGGGUCACUGAGACUGUUACCAUGAUUUCUGGACACACCUAGUUAAGAAAAAAGGCCUAUUACAAGGCAAAAGUAAUCAGAUUACAUCACACUGAGACUGCUCACGUAAUCAUCAGUAAGAAACUGGUCACGUGGUCCCUGCAAACGGGACGCGAAGUUUUAGUGUUUUGGUUGAAAGGCGAUCCGUACACGGGUCCUGACGAGCCACGCCCACCGCACGUUUCUGUCUCGCGUACAUUUAUCAGCUGAAAGCUGCGAGUCACAGACAGCCGACCGUUUGUUAGCAGCUAACAGCUAACGGAGCAGAUGGAGGAGUUUCUGACGAGCUGCCAGCGGGCCGUGAAGUUGAGCUCGGACCAGGUCGGCCCAGGGUUCCACGUUGUCCUAGGAAAUGAAGCUUGUGACAUUGACUCCAUGGUAUCUGCCCUGGCCUAUGCCUACUUCCUGUCUAAGACUGCACCCGGCGAGAUGCUCAUUCUGCCGCUGCUGAACACCCGUCAAUCGGAGCUGCGGCUGCGCUCGGACAGCGUCUUCCUGCUGCGCCGUGCCGCUCUGUCUCUGGACCUCCUCGUCUUCAGGGACCAGCUGGACCUGCGAGCGCUGCAGCGGGCCGGCCGCCUGCGGCUCACGUUGGUCGACCACAACGUGCUGCCCAGUUCAGACAGCGACCUAGAGGAGGCGGUUGCAGAGGUGAUCGACCACCACCAGCUAGAGAGGGACCCCUCCCCCACCUGUCCUGUUACUGUGGAAACAGUGGGAUCCUGUGCUACCUUGGUGACAGAGCGCAUCAUUCAAAAAGCUCCAGAGAUCCUGGACCUGCAGCUUGCUCACCUGCUUUACGCUGCCAUUGUGGUGGACUGCGUGGACAUGUCACCUGCUGCAGGUAAAGUCACUCCCAAAGACAGUCAGUAUGCUGCAGCGCUGGAGAACCGAUUCCCUGCUCUGCCACAGAGGGGCGCUCUCUUCCAGGAGCUGCACAGAGCCAAGUUGGAUGUCUCAGGUCUGAACACAGAGGAGAUGUUGUUGAAGGACAUGAAAGCUGUUUCAGGAACUUUGAAUCUCUCCGUUUCUGUUCUCUACAUCUCACUGCAGGAGUUCCUGCAGAGGGAGGACUUGGAGGCGGAGCUUUCAUGUUUCUGUCAGAAGUAUGGAUAUGAUUUGCUGCUGCUGAUGACAAUCUUCUUCACUGAGAGCAAAGAGCCAAUCAGAGAACUUGCUGUGUUCAGCCACAGCCCCACCUGCAGGGAACAGGUGAGCCAGUACCUGGAACAAGCCCAAAGCCCCGCCCUCAACCUGAGUCCACUCAGCAGCCCCCACUCUCACAUCUCAGCCUAUCACCAAGGAAACUCACUGGCGUCUCGGAAGAAGCUCCUCCCCAUCGUGAAAGACUUCCUGACGACGUGGGAUGGGUACGGUUGCCCGGGAGACAGGGAGGAGCUGUCUCAGGUCCCGCCCACCCCGAUGAACAGCCUGGUGGAGGGCUCCCCUCUGGACAACGGUCUGCCUCGCAUCACCUCCCAGGCCCUGGAGGAGAAGUUCAGCCAGAUGGUCAACAGGACUGACCUCUGACCUGUUGGAAGAAGACGGCGAUGAAGCACCGUGAUGAGGACGUUUGAUGUUUUUUUUUUUUUUAGCAUGAAUCCGUGUUCCUGUUUCACUAAUAAAAUCCAAAAUGAUCAAAAGAGUCCCUGAAUCCGAGUCUGGAAAACCGCCAACAGCAGGCAUGAAGGUCUGCCCCCGCUGCACGCCUCGCGCUCAGAAAACACUGCAGGGGCGCAGCUGUGACUGAGGCCUCCAGCCAUCAGGUGGUGCUGUUGGCUCGGUCUGACACAAUAAAGUUCUCUGCAGUCCUGCGUGGAUGAAAGCACACUGUGCAAAAGUCAUGAGCCACCCUCAUUUCUUUAUAUUCUCUAUGAGUGUGUUUAUUAAAACAUACAAACACAUGUGAUGGUUCAGAAUUCAAACAUUUAUCAAAGAUCUGCAACAUCACAGACUGACCUGCAGCCGUGACAGCCUCCGCCGUGUCUCACAGGGGGCUGCAGACUCUGUGUUGGAGCUCCUCGCACACGCCGACCACGAUGUGGCUCCAUCCUGUUCCUCUGACCUUCAUCAGCGUUUCCUCCUGUGAGGCUGAGCAGCAGACGAUCGGCUGAUUGUCUCUCAGACCUGCUGCAGAGUUUUCAGGCCUCACACUUGUGCCGUUUCAGCUCUUUGGUGCAAACUUACAGUUUUAUGUCCGACUGUUAUCUGUUUCUCACAGACUUUGCUGCUGACAGUGUGUGCAGACACAGCACUGGCUCGUACCUGAGCUUUACUUAAGUUGUGAUCACAUGUUGCAUCCAGGUGAGGCGUGCAGUCAUAACGGACCUUCAUGCUUGUUUGAAUCUGUUUGUUUUGUUUUUUGUUUUAUUUCUGAGGAUGUGUAUUUCUGACAGAUUUGGCACUGUUGGGCCUCCGUAGGCUGAUUGUUGGUUUUGGGUGUGUUAAAAAGAGAAAAUGAACUGCAGCCGACUGUCAGGAAACCAGCUGUGAAUAAAUCCUGUUUCACAAUAAUUGCACUGAGAAGGGAAAGGCUUUUAUUGUGAAACAGAGGGAAGAAGCUUGUAGCAACAGGAAGUUUGCAGAAGAAAGGUUUUUGGGUUUUUUAUUUACAAUGUGUCAUCGUGAGACUUUAUUGAAAUAAAAAGUCAUCAGGAUAAAGUUUGGGGUAUAACUCUGUAAACAUCUGGAACAUCUGCUCAGACUUGUGGUUUCCUCUCUGAAACACUCGCCCUCCUUCAGACCUUCCCGCCGUUGGACUCGAUGUAUUUAUUGUAGUGAGUCGAUUUAUUAACUUGGGUGUUUUAAGUGGAAAUGUUAUUUCUAAUUAUGGUUUUAAAAUUUUCUCCCCUUUCUCUGGAUUUCUUAUGUUGAUUCCUAAAUAUUUAUAAUUUGUCCUUCAU